AUGACGAGAACUAACAACAGACGACCUACAAACCAUCCACUGCCACAACGCCCACAACAGUCACUGCAUCAACAGCACCCACAGCACCCACACUACCCACACUACCCACACUACCCACACUACCCACACUACCCCAACCAGAAUUACAACCCAUAUCCAAAUCCAUAUCCAAAUCUAAAUCCAAAACCAAAUCCAAAUCCCAAUCCCAAUCCCAAUCCACAUCCAAAUCCAAGGCCACCACAACCCAAAAUAACCCAUGAACAACAGCUAGAGAACCAACAAAGGAAUCAAGAAAAGCGACAAAGAUAUUUAGAAUCACUGCCACCCCAUGAACGCCAGAGAAUAGAACAACAAGAGCAAGAGAAAAAACGGAAAAGAGAAGAGAAACAACAGAAACAAGAGGAAGAGAAACAACGGAAAAUUCAAGAGAAACAACGGAAAAGCCAAGAGAAACAACGUCAAAAUCAACUCCUUCAACAACAGAAACAAGAGGAAGAGAAACAACGGAGAAUCCAUGAGAGACAACGGAAAGGCCAAGAGAAACAACGUCAACAUAACCUCCUUCAAAAACAGAAACAAGAACAAGAACGAUUGGCACGGGAAGAAGCAAGAAAACCCAAGCCUCCCCCUUAUGAUAAAGAAUUCGAUGAACACUAUUAUCAUGUUGAUAAGCUCCUAGAUCGUACCGGUCCACUGGUUGAUCCUUCCUUCGCACCCGGUGCCGCGCCCAAAGAUUUUAUGCGCAAGACUUGUAAGAUCCUCGUCAUUGGAGCCGGUGGACUAGGCUGCGAAAUCCUACAGAACUUGGCUCUGCUUGGGUUUGCAGAUAUUCAUGUGAUCGACAUGGAUACUAUCGAGAUCAGUAACUUGAAUCGACAGUUCCUGUUUCGUGAGCAUGAUAUCGGUCAGCCCAAAGCUGAAGUAGCAGCGAAAUUUAUUAUGGCACGAGUACCCCAAGUGAAAGUAACACCACACUAUUGCAAGAUCCAAGACAAGGACAAUGCGUUUUAUAUGAUGUUUAACUUGGUGGUAUGCGGCUUAGAUUCUGUUCAAGCGCGACGAUGGAUCAAUGCUACGCUGGUGAACCUCGUCGAUCCGGAGAAACCGGAGAGUUUGAAGCCAUUGAUCGAUGGCGGCACCGAAGGCUUCAAGGGCCAAUCCAGAGUGAUUUUACCUACGAUCACUUCCUGCUACGAGUGUUCUUUGGACAUGUUGACCCCGCAAACGGUCUUUCCUAUCUGCACGAUCGCCAACACUCCUCGAUUGCCUGAACAUUGUGUCGAGUGGGCUAGUGUGUUAGAAUGGCCUAGGGUCUUCAAAGAUAAGAAGCUGGAUAACAAUAACCCAGAUCAUAUUCAAUGGCUCUUCGAACAAGCUUCGGCGCGCGCAAAAGAGCAUGAUAUCAGUGGGGUCACUUGGAGUCUCACUCAAGGCGUCAUCAAAAAUAUCAUCCCGGCUAUCGCCAGUACUAACGCUAUCAUUGCUGGGAGUUGUUGUAACGAAGCUUUCAAGAUCGCUACGAACUGUGCUCCUUAUCUCCAAAACUACAUGAUGUACAACGGAAACGAUGUCGAUUUAUACUUAUACUUUCCAACACAAGAAGAAACCCGAUUGUCCGGUUUGUGGAGGAGAUUGGUUGAUCAUUUGAUCGAAAGACCCGACUUUCAAAUCAAACACCCCUUGUUAUCGACUCUCAAAGGACCGCUUUUCUUUCAAGGUCCACCCGAACUAAGGAAGUCGACCGAAGAUAACCUGGCCAAGAAACUGAUCGAUCUAUUCCCUGAUCAACUUACUCCAGAAUCCGAUGGGAUCCAAAUCACCGUCACUGAUUCUAGCUUGCCCUUCCAACUCAGCUUACUUGUAAAACUUGAAUAA